AUGCAAGGAUUGCCUUUCCGCGGUCAUGAUGAGUCAGAAGAAUCAUUAAAUCAAGGUAAUUUUCUUGAGUUCUUGAAAGUUAUUUCUUCUUGCAAUGAAGAGAUAGCUAGUGUUGUGCUAAAAAAUGCUCCGGAAAAUCUCAAACUUACAUCACCAGAUAUUCAGAGAGAUAUUAUAAAUGCAUUUGCUGUUGAGACAACAAAAGCUAUUGUACAUGAUAUGGGAAAUGAAUUUUUCUCUAUAUUAGUCGAUGAGUGUCGAGAUGUAUCUGUCAAAGAGCAAAUGGGUGUUGUAGUACGAUAUGUGGACAAGUAUGGAUGUGUUAUAGAACGUUUUCUUGGUGUUGUUCAUGUUAGUGAUACAGCUGCAACCUCACUUGAGAAAGCACUUGAUUAUUUGUUAUCUACUUAUGAUUUAAGUAUAUCUAGUUUGAGAGGUCAAGGAUAUGAUGGCGCAAGCAACAUGAGAGGAGAAUUCAAUGGAUUGAAGAGUUUGAUACUCAAGAGAAAUUCCAGUGCUUAUUAUGUACAUUGCUUCGCUCAUCAGCUUCAGCUCACAAUUGUUGUUGUUGCUAAAAAACAUAAAAUUGUCGGGUCUUUUUAUAAUUCUAUCUCUCGUUUGUGUAAUACUGUUGGAGGUUCUUGUAAGCGCAGAGAUAUACUUCGGGAGAAACAAAGAGACAAUAUUAUUAAAGAGAUUGCAAGUGAUGAAAUAAGCACGGGGAGAGGACUAAAUCAAGAAAUGUCAUUGAAGCGACCUGGAGAUACUUGUUGGAGUUCACAUUACUGUACUCUUGUCAGCUGGAUACAUUUAUAUUCUUCUAUUGUUGAUGUUCUUGAGUAUGUUGGGGAGGAUGGUCAUGAUGAUUCAAUAAGGGCUGAAGCUGAUGAUGUGUUAGAAAUUAUAAAUAGUUUUGAGUUUGUCUUUGUGUUACAUCUUAUGAAGCAAAUCUUGGGAAUUACACAUGAACUCUCUCAAGUGCUACAAAAGAAAGAUCAAGACAUUGUUAAUGCGAUGAAUCUUGUCAAGGUAGCAAAAUCACGUCUGCAAAUAAUGAGGGAAAAAGAUUGGGAUAUAUUGCUUGCUGAUGUUUCUAGGUUUUGUAGCAAAUAUGAUCUGGAUGUGCUUGACAUGGAAGAUGAGUUUGUAGCUCGAAAAAAAGGAAGACGUAGAGCUGAGAAAAUGAAGAAUCUCCACUAUUAUCGAGUUGAGCUCUUUUGUUCUGUUAUUGACUUGCAAGCUCAAGAGUUGAAUCAACGUUUUAAUGAAGUCAACACAGACUUAGUUUUAUGCAUGUCAUGUUUUGAUCCUAGGGAUUCAUUUUCUGCAUUUGAUUUGGAGAAGCUGCUUCGUCUUGCACGGUAUUAUCCUUCUGAAUUUUCUGAAGUUGCUUUGUUUGAGCUUGAAAAUCAACUUGAGAACUUUAUUUUUGAUGUGCGCAUAGAUGAAAAGUUUUCACAAAUAUCAGGAAUCAGUGGUCUUGCUCAAAAGAUGGUUUCUACAAGGAAACAUGAAGUUUUUCCAAUGGUUUAUUUAUUAGUUAAGUUGUCAUUGAUUUUACCAGUUGCCACUGCAUCAGUAGAAAGAGCCUUUUCAGCAAUGAAGAUCAUCAAGACUUCUCUACGUAAUAGCAUGGGAGACCAACUAUUGAAUGAUUGCUUAGUUCCUUACAUCGAAAAGGAUGUGUUUGUUAAAGUUACCAAUGAAACUAUUAUGCAGCGAUUUCAGAAGAUGAAGAAUAGAAGACAAAUGUUAUGA